AUGAAGGCAUCCUUCACAUUCUACCCUAUCCUGCUAUUUCUUCUCGUCUCAGUUGAAUUUGGCACUUGCUCAGUGGUUCGUGGCGAUGCACACGCCGUGAGGAUCCCGGAGCACUCGUGCCAUAAGCUGAUUGAUCAAUCAAUCAGAUGCGAGCUGCAGAAUUGCAUCAAGGAAUGCUCCAAAGAACCGUCUGGUGUCGGAGUGUGCAAAAGUAGAGUCUGUUUUUGCACAUACUAUUGUAAGGAUCCUCCAAAGUGA